CAAUUUCCAUCUAACUCUGUCCGGAUGUGCAUGAUAGUCAUCCUGUUACGCACUUGAUCGCUAUUCAAACCUUUCCAACGGCUUAUUUAUUGUUUUUUGGCAUGCUAGGCACUGUUGCGCGUCGAAAGCUUCUUGCAGGGAAGUUCGGUGGCGACCUCGUUGCUAGUGAAGAGUGGCGGCCAAAUUGCAACUCAAGAAAUACUCGUGCGCUAGGAACCAAUGCUUCAUUGAAGCGUGUUUACUCUUUACACGUGAUUCCCGAAGCGAUUCCUGGCCCUCUGCUGGGCUCGAAGAGUAUGCGCGACCUUUUCUUUGUACGAGACGAUACGAUUAAUUUCAGUGCUUCUUACGGAACGCCAGUGCUAGAAAAACAAUGGGCAUAUCAUGUCGAAUGCGAAAAAUCACCUCACGACUGGAUGUUGGGUGGAGCUGCUGCUAAAAUGCAGUCAACGCGCAAGAAACUCGCGAGGUAUGUGAAGGCCCGCAAAGAAGACCUUGCACUGGUGGAGAACUGCACCGCAGCGACAACUGCCGUUGUCCGCGCCGUACGAAUACGUCCCGGCGAUACCAUCAUUCAUCUAAGUACUGCAUAUGGAAUGGUGAAGAACUGCAUAGCACAGCACGCCGCAAGUGCUGGAGCAACUGUCCUUGAACUCAAAGUUGACUUAGCCAACAACACCUCACUGCUUACCUCCCACAACUUUUUUCCACUUGAAGUUCGUCUCGGCUUGAUGAUAGAUGAGGUUCAAAAGAAUUGUUCCCGAGUUGCUCUAGUCAGCCUUGACUACAUAGCAUCAUGCCCUGGUGUCGUGCUUCCUGUUCACGCACUAGCACGCCAUUGUAGAGAGCGAAAAGUACCAGUACUUCUUGAUGGUGCGCACGUUCUCGGCCAGAUUCAAAUAGACUGUCAAGCGCUGGAAGCGAGUGGAGUAACUUACAUGAUGGCGGAUGCCCACAAAUGGCUCUAUGCUCCAAAGGGAAGCGCCAUGCUUUGGGUGACUGAGUCAGCACAGGGCAACUGUUUCCCCUCUGCAAUUGGCGCAGUGUGCUCAAACUCACCUACUACAAAUUUCAAGGAAGAAGUUGUAUAUGGGUUAUCCAAGUUUGAAAGACGAUUUCAGUACACAGGUACGAGGGACUACACUCCUUUAAUAUCAAUAUGUGACGCCAUUGACUUCAGGAAGUAUUUGUGUGACUCGGCAAUUUUAGGUUACAACCAUGGCCUGACUGUAUGGGCGCAAGAAUGGCUUGCAUCCCUAUGGAACACUGAAACACUGGUUCCAGCGCGAUACUCUGCGUUUAUGGCUCAUGUCCGAGUCCCUGUUCAUUCGGCAAAAGCGGCAAUGUUGGUAAGCUGCACAUUGAAGGACGAGUGUGCAAUACACACAUUAUCAUUUCCUUUACCUGCUCGUACGCAUUUGUGUGAGACCGAACCAACAAGUUGGGUCAGGCCUUGCAUGCAACUCUUUCUAUGCAGGGCCGACGUCCAAUACUUUGGGUUGAACGUUCUUGAACUCGCCAGAAAAGGAAAUGCUGCCGCAAAGGCCAUGGGCUUUUGGCAAGAAAAAAUGUCAAGCAGACUGAUUUUUUCCCCGACUUCCAGGGUCCUGGCUCACACGGUGACAGUUGGCUUCUCGGUAUCAUCAACAAAUUCUUUACGCCAGGUUAAUGCAAAACCGUGUAAGAAAGUUGCGGGGAGUGACGCCACGUCUCCCGUUCUUGUUGCCUUCGGAAAGUCACGUGCUGUAAUCAGCACACUUUCUGACAGUUUCAGUGGUGCCUCUAUUCCUGCGCUGAAAGAAGAAGAAGAGGUACCGUUUUUACAGAAUGACGAGUCUUUCGAGGAUCCGGCAAGAAAAUAUAGCGAUAGUCAUGACUUCGUGGACGAUUUCUAUGAUAGAAAAAGGAAUUUAUAUCUUGCAAAAUCACCCGUAUCUGUGUUCGAUGUUGGAAAUUUCACUUCUGUGAAGUCUUGAGAAAAUGAAGGACAGUACGGGUUAUUUUCAUCAUCAUUAUUUCGGCGAGGAACGCGAACAAAAAAAUACGUUACAGAUGGAAUCUGAUUUCAUUAAAGAUGAUCUUUGAUGAUCGAUUAGAUUUUCUCUCGAGAAAUUAUGUGCGAGCCUCGUAGAAACAGAAGAUAAGGGCUGGGUUUGAUAGUCCUUUGAUAUUCAGAUAUCAUAGUUUGUAGAUAUUGAUCCUUAGAUAAAUAGGUUACAGGACGAUGGUCUAUAUCAUACCUUAUAUACUUCCAUAACUCUUCCGUGGUACUUUCGUAUAAACAACUUAUUAGGGCUACCUUCAUAAGAGUAUCAAUAAAUAGUACUUUCGUAGGUGGCUAUCCCGACUUAGUCUAUGAGAAAAUAAAAAUGUACACUUUUUUGUGGGACGAGCGAAAUUAAACCGUCGACUUGAGUUAAAAUUGUGCCGGCGAGUUUAGUCGGGGGCCUGACGAUUUACCGAGUACAUUCGUAUGCUGCAUUCAUCACGUUAUCUAUGAGUGUAAUAAAUGAGUACUUUCGUUUAUU